AUGGCAGUGAACGGCGAGCAGGCCGUGCCUGCUCUUUGCUCGGAAAACACAGCAGAAGGUGCGUCGAAAUCAGAAAGGGUUGAGGAAGAUUCGGCUUCUGUCGAGGCAACUGCUCAGAAAAUUGAAGACGCACAGGGAGACUCCACGGCUGCUGACGCUUCUUCUAAUCAUGUGCAAGAAGGAGGAACAGACGCACAGGGAGAUUCUUCGGCCGCUGUCGCUCCUUCUGAUCAGAUUGAAGAAGAAAAAGCAGAAGACAAAGAAGCUUCAACAACUGCUGAAGCGGCCGCUGAGAAAAUUGAAGGUUUCUCGACAAGAUUUUUGAAUGAAAAAUGGAUAGGGCGCUAUGAUGCGACUCAAGAAUACGUAGAGUUUCACAAUAACGAGUGGCGGCCUCUUCCCACGGAUGAUCUCGAGUUCAUUCAACAACUAUGGUAUGAGCAGGAAGCUGCUGAAACACAGGUGGUAAAUGGCGUGAAAAUGAAAUGGAAUCCAACCAAGCAGGAAUGGGAACGAGUCGAAGAAACAAUUGACGAAGACUUUAUCGCUAGUUAUCAGGCCAAUUACGGUGUUCCGUAUGAUUACAGUAAACUAGAUGAGGAAAGAAAGGCGGCCGAGGCGGAAAGAGCAAAGAGUAACAAAUCAGCUGAAAGAAGAGAGAAGAAAGCAAGGGAUGCUGCAGAAGCACAAGUUCAACCUGAUGCACGUACGAAUAAGCCAAAAUUGAAGCUUUACGUCGAUGAACAAGGCCAGCUGAAGGGCGACGGAAGAUGUUGUUAUAUAAAAAAGGAAUCUGUGGACUUAGCACUCUCCAUUCUUGACGGUUAUGUGUUAAAAGGAAAAGAAGUGCAUGUUGAAAAGGCUCGUUUUGAGCUCAAGGGAGAGUUUGACCCAUCCAAAGAAGCGCAAGAAACUUAG